CCAGGGGGUCACGUGGCCGGGCCCGCUGGGGCAGCGGAGACCAGAGGGCCAUGGCAGGCUCCAGGCUCUGGUUUUUGCUGCUGCUGGCGGCAGCGUUCGCUGGGCCGGCCACGACCGUGUGGCCUUGGCCCCAGUACAUCCAGACCUCCGACUGUCACUACACCAUCUUCCCGCACAGCUUCCAGUUCAAGUACGACGUCAGGUCGGCCGCGCAGUCGGGGUGCUCUGUCCUCGACGAGGCCUUCCAGCGCUACCGUGACCUGCUCUUCGGUUCUGAGUCUUGGCACCCGCCUGCCCCCACAGGAAAGCAGCAUACAUUGGAGAAGCAUUUUGUUGUCCUCGUGGUCACUCCUGGAUGUGAGCAGCUUCCUUUUGAGUCACUGGAGAACUACACCCUGACCAUAAACAAUGAGCAGAGUUUCCUCCUGUCUGAGACGGUCUGGGGAGCUCUCCGAGGUCUGGAGACUUUUAGUCAGCUUGUUUGGAGAUCUCCCGAGGGCACGUUCUUUAUCAACAAGACGGAGAUUGAGGACUUUCCUCGCUUCCCUCACCGGGGACUGUUGUUGGAUACAUCUCGGCAUUACCUCCCACUGCCUAGCAUCCUGGACACUCUGGAUGUCAUGGCCUACAAUAAAUUCAAUGUGUUCCACUGGCAUCUGGUUGAUGACCCUUCCUUCCCAUAUGAAAGUUUCACUUUUCCAGAGCUCGCCAGAGAGGGGUCCUACAACCCGGCUACCCACAUCUACACAGCGCAGGAUGUGAAGAUGGUGAUUGAAUACGCGCGGCUUCGGGGUAUCCGUGUGUUGGCAGAAUUUGACACUCCUGGCCACACUCUGUCCUGGGGAAGAGGUAUCUCUGGAUUAUUGACUCCUUGUUACUCUGGGUCUCAGCCCUCUGGCACCUUUGGACCAGUGAAUCCCAUUCUCAACAGUACCUAUGAGUUCAUGAACACAUUUUUCUUGGAGAUCAGUUCUGUCUUCCCGGAUUUUUAUCUUCACCUUGGAGGAGAUGAGGUUGACUUCACCUGCUGGAGAUCCAACCCAGACAUCCGGGCCUUUAUGAAGAAGAAAGGCUUUGGUAAUGACUUCAAACAGCUGGAGUCCUUCUACAUCCAGAUGCUGCUUGACAUCGUCUCUACCUAUGGCAAGGGCUACGUGGUGUGGCAGGAGGUGUUUGAUAAUAAAGUAAAGGUUCGACCAGACACAAUCAUCCAGGUGUGGCGAGCAGAGGUACCAGUAAGCUAUCUGAAGGAGCUGGAUAAGAUCACCCAAGCCGGUUUCCGGGCCCUGCUCUCUGCCCCCUGGUACCUGAACCGCAUAAGUUAUGGCCCUGACUGGGAGGACUUUUACAUGGUGGAUCCCCUGUCAUUUGAAGGCAGCCCUGAGCAGAAGGCUCUGGUGAUUGGUGGCGAGGCCUGUAUGUGGGGAGAGUAUGUGGACAGCACAAACCUGGUCCCCAGGCUCUGGCCCAGAGCAGGGGCUGUUGCCGAGAGGCUAUGGAGCAACAAGGUGGUGACUGACCUAGACUUUGCAUUUAAACGUUUGGCACACUUCCGCUGUGAGCUGCUGAGGCGAGGUGUCCAGGCCCAGCCCAUCAGUGUAGGCUACUGUGAGCAGGAGUUUGAACGGACCUGACUGAGCAGUGCUGGGCACCGAGGAGGGUGCUGGCCCUAGAAGAGUGGUGGCGGGGCCGGGCUCCCACUGCAUCCCAGCUGGGGGUUGGAGCCCUUGCCCAUGUGCCACUGUGCCUGAGAGAAGGGGACUGCUGCUGGUGUCCAAUAAAGAGUGAUGUGGCAUUUUUCUACAAUGACCAUGGAUUACAUGGGUUAAAAAAAAAGUGGGUGGCCCUGGGUAGGGGAGCUGCCAGGACUGGCCUUCUGCACCUGAGAGAGGUGAGGCUCAGUGUCAGCCCCUGGAGGGAUCUUGCAAAUUGAGGGCUGAGAGGCUUUCAUGCUGUCCUGCCCCUUCCACCCUCACAGGUAGUCCGUAUGCGUACCCCCACCCUCUAGUCACUUCCCUCCAGGUGGGGAGGUCACUUAACCUCCCAGGCUUCUAUAUAUGGAAGAAGAUAUAGGGAUUUAAAGAAGUCCCAGGCAGUGGCAAGAGCUCCAGACCCAGCCUUGCCUGGAAUACCCCACUCCUCUGUGAUGUUCACACAUUUCCUCCCCAAAGAAGAAGAGCUUCCUUCCGUUUUGGGUUUCUUGUUACUUCAAUUUCAUGCAACCAUUAUUUAAAUGUUAUAGGACACACAUUAUGAUCUUGGCACUGUGAUGGGUGUUGAAUAUGAAGGACUUGGUCCAAGAGGCCCUGCUCAACUCCCCAGAAAGCCAGCAACUUCCAUCUUCCCACCCAUGUUCAGUCCAAUGACAUCAUUUCAGAGAACUGAUGGCACAGCUGAGACCAUGGGAAGAAAGCCCUGGGCGUCUAGGAGGUGGGUGUGUGGCUCUGGAAGAGAGCCUUUGCACAAGUGACAGUUUUUUCCCCAGGAGGAAGUGGCUCCUGGUGGACCCAGGCUGCCCCCUGGUGGUUUCAUGUUCAGAAGCAACAGUGCAGCCCACUCUGGGCAAUCGUGGGCAGCAUCUGUUCGCACGAGGGUUUCUUUCACAGUUAAUUUGGUUCUUUUUCCUGGUUCUGAGACAGAAAGACAAUGGAGAGGUUUUCGGGCAUUUCUUUCAGGAAGUUUCCAGGUUUGUGGACUCAGAAACUUGCAGAAGGCAGGCCUGAGAAGGGAUCUAAGUAAAAUUUGGCCCUUAAACAGCAUCCUUCAGUCCCUCUGUCAUUCUCCUUGAGGACCUGGCUGGAGGUAGGCCAGCCCUGCCUUCUUGCACUGUUUUCUUUAGGGACAGGCUGGGCACCUUCUACCUACAGAGCCCUUUUGGGAAUGGGGUUUUCACAGGGCCCAGAGGAGCCAUGCCCAGGGCUCUGGCCUAGAGAGACACCACAUGCACCCACCAGAGGAGCCCCUUACCUCCAUCACCCAGAGAAUCUGUGGGAUUGCCCCAGGCAAGGGCCCUGCAUGAGUGCUGCCGUACUUCGGUUUUGCCCCUGCAUCCUUGAUCAUAACUGCCGCGUUGCUGUUGUUUGGGGUAAUGGUAAAUGAAAAGAUCAGCCACAACACCGUGUCAGGUCAGUGAAGGACCCAACCAUAAAACCAUUUGUGUUAAAGCAGUAGGUUCUAUGAUUUCUUAUUCCUGUUGUAAAUAUUUUGCUUAAUGUUAUUAUUUUUAUAAUUAAAAAAACACUCUGUGUGGCCUGAUCAAACACUUCAGUGAUGGGAUGUGCUGUUUCCAACCUCACCUCUGCUCCUGUGAGUCCAAAGAUCAUCAGACCUCGAAUUGCUGACCACGACAGCAGCACAUUCUGUCCCAAUGCUUCCCCGCCUCCGCUGCCUUCCCCUGGACUGUGGAUUUAGUGCCGCGCCCUGCCCACAGCCACACUACACCAGGCUGCCUGUGUUCUCUGGGCACCACCAGGGGGCGGAGAAGAGCCCAGACUCUUUUCCUCCUUCCACUAAUAGGGCACAAAGUCUGUGCUGCUCUCCUGUAAAUCUCGCAAGGAUGCAAAGCAGACCUAGUGGGAACAAAAGUAAAGGAGUGAAUGGAGGCUGGAGAACAUUCAGCCCUUCUCCUUGGUAAGAGUUGAGGCCAUGUGCCAGGUACCCUUUCCUUCUUGGAGUCUGGUGUUUUCAGGUCACCCCAGUAGACUAGCACAGGGACGGGUGGGCAGAGGACUUAGGUACAGGCGCUCCACAGUGAUAGAGGGGGGUCAGCGAGGGAGUGAUGGGAGCCGAGGGUACUGGGAAAGGG